AUGGUUUCUGCCAAGAAGAAGGAGAUGGUGACAGCGAUGUGCCCCACUUUCAUUUGGACUCUCUUCUACUUUUUCUGCUUGGCGACUUGUGUAAAGAAAAUCUCUGGGCAGACAAGAAAGGAUGAAAGGAUCUAUCCGGAGAAUUUCACACGCAUUUUGGACCGACUUCUGGACGGCUAUGACAACAGGCUGCGACCUGGUUUCGGGGGUCCUGUAACUGAGGUCAAAACAGACAUUUAUGUGACAAGUUUUGGGCCUGUCUCAGACGUUGAAAUGGAGUACACGAUGGACGUGUUCUUCCGACAGACCUGGGUGGACCGCAGGUUGAUGUAUGAAGGCCCGAUCGAGAUUCUGAGGCUCAACAACCUGAUGGUGACGAAGGUGUGGACACCGGACACUUUCUUCAGGAAUGGCAAGAAGUCGGUGGCCCACAACAUGACAGCUCCCAACAAGCUGUUUCGCAUCAUGAAGAAUGGCACCAUCCUCUACACCAUGAGGUUGACUAUUAGCGCUGAAUGUCCCAUGAAGCUUGUGGACUUCCCCAUGGAUGGACAUGCGUGCCCUCUCAAGUUUGGAAGCUAUCACUGUGGUUUUGUCCACAGAUGCCUACCUAAAACGGAGAUGAUCUACACGUGGACCAAAGGCCCUCAGCAUUCAGUGGAGGUUCCCCCAGAGUCCUCCAGUCUUGCGUACGAUCUGAUUGGCCAGACUGUCUCCACUGAAACGAUUAAAUCCAUCACAGGUGAAUAUGUGGUGAUGACAGUGUACUUCCACUUGAAACGUAAAAUGGGCUUACUUCAUGAUUCAGACAUAUAUCCCUGCAUAAUGACAGUAAUCCUCUCCCAAGUGUCCUUCUGGAUAAAUAAAGAAUCAGUGCCGGCGCGAACAGUUUUAGGCAUCACCACCGUCCUGACCAUGACGACUCUCAGUAUCAGCGCUCGCCACUCCCUCCCCAAGGUCUCAUAUGCCACCGCUAUGGACUGGUUCAUCGCCGUCUGCUUCGCCUUCGUCUUCUCUGCCCUCAUCGAGUUUGCUGCUGUUAACUACUUCACCAACGCACAGAUCGAGCGGGCCAAAAAGAAGCCAGCCAAAUGUCCCCCUGUGCCGCAAACCACGCCUGUCAAGGUCAAGGACACAGAGGAAGUGCUGCAGCUGAAUGCAGAUACCAAUGGCAACCUGAGGAAGCGGAUGAACUACAUGACCCACCAAGAGCUACGCAGCAGCCAGAGAGUCCUGUCCAGCGCCAACAGCACCGGCGUGGCAAUGAGACAAGCUCGACCUUCAGCCAGCGGAGUAAAUGGCAGUUCCUCCACCCUGUCCCGCUGCAGCCCCAAAUCUGACAGCCAACUCAGCGUCGCCUCUUCCUCCAGCCAGCUGGUCAGAAACACGCCACAGGCCGCAGCUUCCCUGUCGGACAUGACGGCGGAGACGCCAUCCAAGCAGAAUAUGAGCUCCUCUUCUCUGCAGCAUCUCUUAGGGCCCAAGCUGGAGCGCAUCCAGAUGAUGGGGAACAAAUUGGAGCUAAAGCAGUCGCCGUGCUCCCAGCCCACUGCUGGCAUGGGAGGAACCAGUAAAAUUGACAAGUACGCACGAAUCUUGUUCCCAGUGUCCUUUGGGGCAUUUAAUAUGGUCUACUGGGUAGUUUACUUAUCAAAGGACACUAUGGUGGCCAAAGGUGGCUAGUUCUUUGUACCAGAAACUGGGAUGAAGAAUCAUUUUCUAUAAGAGAUGGCAAGCAAACGAGGAAUAUGGGAUUUUGUCAGAGCUUCGCAAACAAUAAGAGGAAACUAUUGCUCUUGCUAAAGAGGUAAACAAAAUGUGCUGGACAAGCACUUCCACAUCCUGGAGAACACUCUGAGAGCACCUUUAUUUUUUUUUUUCUUGAGGUCCUCGCACAGCAAGCAUGGGAAUAAGUCAACAGAAUUAGAAAUAUCUGACUCAACAUAAGAAAGAACACCUGCACUCUGGAAUAUGCUAUCGUCCUUUAUAUCAUGCUACUUCUGACUGUGAAGGUCUUCAUCGGCUUCGACUGCCUCAUGAUCUUUUGGCCUGCAGUCGAGAUAUAAAGCAUGAGGUUUUUUCAUUUUCCUAUUUUUGUACCCUGCACCUGGCAAGAAGUUUGGAUGUGUAUACUGCCCUCCUCGAAAGAUCUGAAGCAAUGUUCUGUCAAUAUCUCAGUUUGUUUGGAUGAAC